UGUUUUAGGGGCGGGUCAAAAUUCCCGAAAAUUGGGUACAGCAGAGGCGUUACAAUGGACUGCGCAUCGGGGAGUCUGAGAAUGAUGGCGAUCCGAAGAGAUGGUGACCGUGCAUGCAUCGGCUAACGUACGCGAGCGGGGGAGGCGUACGAUGCCCGUGACUGUCCUCUCACUUCCGAAGACCCACGGACUCCCCGAAGGCAGGGCCUGGGAAAUCUAUUGAGAGCUCCAGCGUGCGCACAUGGCUGCGUGCGAAGCCGCCAGAUUCAAGAAUUUGCGCUUUUCGUUCAGCGCUGCAUAACGAAUCCAGUUUUUAUGUAAGCGAGGCAAGGUGCAAGGAAUGUGAUCUGCGUGGGAAGCGUGUAGGCGUGUAGUGUGCUUGGAGCAGGAGAUCUUUGGCCGAAAUCGACGAUAAAUUGGCAGCCUGAACUGUGGAGUGUCAGUCUGCGGAGGACUUGAAUUGCACUGAGGAGAGAGGGAUCAGUCUUCUUUUACAUCGCCCCUUCUCGUCAUCUUGCAUUCCAGUGCAGAGCAAGGGGCGUUCUUUUGUGUGUGUGAUUCCAGAAUCUGACAGUACAAUGGCGAAGGUCUUGGUGCUGUUAGCGGUUCUUGUACUGCAAGUUUUUAGGUGUACUGGUGAUGAGACGAGUGGCACACCAGAUGGAAUGGAGGAGUGGGGCUACCUUGACGUCCGCGAAGGAGCGCACAUGUUUUGGUGGCUGUACUACAGUAACGUGCUCGAAGUGAAGUCCACACCUAUAGUAUUCUGGCUACAAGGUGGUCCGGGUGCUUCAGGUGUGGGUUUCGGAAACUUUGAUGAGAUCGGACCUAUAUCAACGACUUUGGAAAAGCGGGAGAGCACAUGGCUCAAAGUUGCCCAUUUGCUGUUUGUGGAUAAUCCAGUGGGCACAGGUUACAGCUACGUUGAUGAUGAAAACCUGCUUUGUACGACCAACAAGGAAGUUGUUGAUGACCUUGUGUCUUUCGUGAAAACCUUCUUCAAUACACAUGAAGCUCUCAAGCAGUCACCUUUCUACAUUGUGGCCGAGUCCUAUGGUGGCAAAUUUGCGAGUGAAUUCGGAGUUGCAAUUCAGAAGAACUUAAAGGAGCUUGAUUUCAACUUCAAAGGAGUUGCUCUCGGAGAUACAUGGAUAUCACCAAUAGAUUUUCUGUAUGCCUGGGGGCCUCUACUUAAGUCAUUUUCAUUAGUUGAUGAAUCUGCCAAUGCGCGCAUUGACAGUUAUGCAGUUUUGGCAGCAUCGGAGAUGCAAAAAGGGAACUUUUUGAAUGCCACUUACAUCUGGGGAGACAUGGAAGAAGAAGUAUUGAUAGCGACAGACAAUGUGGACUUUUAUAAUCUUCUGAAACAUGAGAGUAACGAGGAGUUGCAAUAUUCUUCGCAUAAGUCCCAUUUGGGUGCUCGCCUUUUGAAAAAAAGUGCACCUGAUCCCUUGACAGUCAUCAUGAAUGGACCCAUUCGAGAGAAGCUCGGAAUAAUCCCUAACUCUGUCCAAUGGUCUCAAUCUUCAGGAGCAGUGUUUGGUACUCUCUCUGCCGAUUUUAUGCUAGAUACGAUUGACAAGGUGGAUGAACUGCUUGCGUUGGGCGUGAAGGUGACUAUCUACAGCGGGCAGUUGGAUUUGAUCUGUUGUACCACCGGUACAGAGGCCUGGGUUCAAAAACUCAAGUGGCCUGGUCUAGCCGAGUUCAACAGAGCUGAACGCAAAGCAAUAUCUUGUGACGAAACUCAGACUUCAGCUUUCGUCAAACAGCACGAGAACUUGACGUUUUACUGGAUCAUGAAUGCUGGUCACAUGGUUCCAACCGACAACCCAUGCAUGGCAUCGAAAAUGCUGAAGCUGAUCAUAGAGGAGGGUAGCAAGACGUUGCCGUCCACAAAGAAGGCAAAGUCAAGCGUAGUAGACCGUCACAGGAAUGGAUUGUCUGCGGAAAUGUAGCCUGCUUACAAUGUCGCCAUAUAAGCUCGCCACGUUGUUGCCCGGGAAGUAUUAAGUUGUGCUUUCAUCGUAAAGCUUCGACGAUGACAUCUAAGAAAGCUGUAAUUAAUCAAUCUACAAGUUUGUGGAAGGUUUUCUGAAUUGAAGAGAAGUGUAUCAUGUACUGAAUGCUCUAUUAAAAUCCUAAAUUUUACUGCUGGAGCCG